AUCAAUGGGUUAUGGUGCGAUUUGCGAAGAGCGGCGGUAGAGAUUUUCGCUUGUCUCUGACACUUACCUAACCUCUUCGCUGCUCGCGCGGAUGUCCCGGUAUCCCUGGCGCCGCGCAACGAGUGUAACAAUUGUUUACCGGUGAUUUAAUCGCGCGCGAACAAUAAUAUGAUGUCGCGGUCAGUGCGCGCGGAGACUCGCAGUCGUGCCAAGGAUGACAUUAAACGUGUGAUGCAGGUAGUUGAUAAAGUUCGCCAUUGGGAAAAGAAAUGGGUCACAAUAGGAGAAACAACUAUGAAAAUAUACAAAUGGGUUCCAAUCUCGACGCUCGAUCAGAAGAAGAAAGGAAAGACGGUCUCCGACAAGGAAAACGGUUUGCCGAGAAAAGGGGGAAUAGACUCGUCAAAUUCUAACUUUGGACUUACGGAAGAUUCCAAUACAUGUUUCUCCACCGUUAGCGAUUCGCAAGGACUGACAGAUUUUUCCGCGCACUUGGGCUUCUCGGAGGACUCCAAUUCGCAAAACAGCGAAACUACGUCUAAGAGAUUAAAGUCUGACUAAUGUUCGACCUACAAAUCAGCAUCAUCGCCAACAUCGUAUAGGGAUUGACACAUUUAGGAAUCGUUAUCUCUUUCGUGAAAUCCACUUGAUAAUUUACAUUAAGUCAUACCUUUCGAUAACGGAUGAAGUAAGUUAAUUUCUGUUUCAUCCAAAUUUAGUGAGAUAUAGAUAAUAUAUGUAUAAAUAUGCUUAUAUAAUUAUAUAUAGUAUCGAUCUUAGGAAACGUUUUGAAUUACGUAAUAACGGAGUUUAUUUUUUUACAUAUGAAUUUAUUACGAAUUUUCCAAUUGAAUUUAUAGAAACAAUGGUCAGCUUAGCUAGAAUAAAAUCAGGCGAGUGAUCAAUCCGUUACAUAUUCUUUUUACACAUUUUUUAAGUCUUGAAUCAGUCACUUGUGAAAGAGUUGUAGGAUAAACUCUGAAAUCGAACUUGGGGUCUGUUGUCUAAUUGUAAGAAUCAAUCGUUCCCAUGCAGAUCUACGCGUCACCCAAGUUUAAUCUGUUUAUUAAUUUCUGGUUUCCAUAUAAUCUUUGCGGAAGUAGUGCUUAGUUCUGUAUAGGAAAUUGAUUUGUCGGUAGGACCCAAAUUCGAUUUCAUUUUAUAUGUUUUGGAUUAUAAAAAGUUGAUUAAAAGAUUAAAAGUAUAAUAAAUGAUACAAUGAUUAAAUGACUCUCGAUAAUGGAAGUACAAUAUUCAACAAGGUUGGGCGGUGAAAUAUUACAUGGAUAUUGCUGCAUCGCAUGCAAUACUGUUUAAUAAAUAUUCAAAUACAUGUUCCUCAGUUUAAAUUCAAGCGAAUCUUCUUGAGAUCUGUCUCAUUUCCACUAAGGACCGAUUUUACCAAGAGGCUGGAACCACCAACCGUAAAAGUUUGUUACUUAAAGAUUGGUGGAUCAAAAAACCUGAAUUGGUAUAAGCAUUUUUGGCAUGGUGUGAGACCGAAGGAUAAAUAUGGAAUUAGAAUAAAUGAUAACCUUUGUUGUAAAAGAUUUUAAGUACACUCGUAGGUCAACGAGACAUGACAAGGAAAGUUGCAGUUGUCGAAGACAUGGAUAGUCGAAUUAUAAGAAAAAAAGUAACGUAUCUGAAUAAUGCGACUCCAAGUGUUAACUGGGGUACGAAAAUGUUUUCAAGAUGACACCGGAGUCGGUCGAAAAUCAGAAACAAAAACGUCCGAGGAAAUGUCCGAGGAACAUGUAUUUGAAUGUUUAUUAAACAACCCUCCGUGUAAUGAAACAAAGUACGCGUUAUAAUCUCCAAUACUGUCCAAUCUUACUGAAUAUCAUAAAGAAAUUGUUGAGUGAAAAAGUAUGAGAUGAUUAACUUUAUUGUUUCGAGAACAAUGAAAUAACACGAGGUCUGUCCGGAAAAUAUCCGACCUUGUGCUCUAACCUUGUACCUGGGUGUGCUAGGGUUAAAAAUAGCUAUUCGUUAUUUAGGGGGGACCUUUAUGAGUGCCCCUGCCAGGCAGCACGGUCCUUCGAGUCUUCAGUCGACAACGGUACGCUGUUUAGUAAACAUUGAAUUUUGUGCGCGUUGCAUUUCACGAUGACUGAACGCAUCGAACAAAGAUGUGUCCAUUAAAUUUUGCCAAAAACUUGGUCAUUCGUGUUCGGUAACCAUCCACAUGAUUCGUAAAGUAUAUGGCGAUGAAUCCAUGAGUGAUACACAGAUUAAAGAAUGGGUUAAGCGAUUUAAAAGCGGUCGUGCAUCAGUUGAAAGCGACCCUCGUUCUGGCAGGUCGGUAACGGCUAAAAUUUCUGAAAAUGUGGACCGAGUUCGAGUUUUAGUCGAUCAAAAUCGUCGUUUGACUGUUCAAGAUUUAGAAGAAGACAUCGGAAUUCCAAAAACUGUUGUUUCGGAAAUUUUUAGUUAAGAUUUGUGGAAAAGUAGCGACUGGGUGCUGCACCACGAUAACGCACCUGCCCACACAUCGCAACUUAUCCAGCAAUUUCUUGUGAAACACGGCAUUGUUCAGCUUCGUCAGCCCCCAUACAGUCCUGACCUGGCUCCCUGCGACUUCUGGCUGUUCCCCAAAUUGAAAAAACUCCUCUUUAGGGAAGAAGAUUCGAUCAGAUUUAGCUCUUUCUCUUGCUGCAGCACAAGGUUGGAUACUUUCCGGACAGACCUCGUACAUGCAAUAUACGUUAUAUAUAACCCUUUCAACAUUCGGGGGUAUGAUAGUAAAUGACUUCAAAGAGGUUGCAAAGGGCUUGAUAAUAGAAGCGGAUUGUACAUUCGCAGCGAUUGCGUAGUAACAUUAUAUUAUUUUCUUUCGAAACUAUGUUUUUCUCGCUAUAACGACAUAUUACUGUAUCAAGAAUUAUCCUUACAAAAUACUCGAAUGGAUUAGUUUUGCAAUAAGUUAAAUGGUGAAGAAACACAUACAUACGUAUACGCAUAUGUUACCUUCAAACGCAGUUCACGUUUCUGAUAGUCCAUAAAAAUCAUUGUAUAUAUUUCAAAUACCAUUUCUUUUUCACCUAUUGAUACUAUAGGAGAACUUGCAUUCCUGUGCGUUACGUUAUAGCACCGUGACAUGUACAAAAUAAGCUUGGACUCGUACGAAUAAAAUAGUUGAAUGACCUCUU